UAAUUGGAGAAUAAUAAUUUAAUAUUAGAUAGGAAAUAUGUUACAGAACUUAGUAUCAGAAACUCAUGCUGAACUAUUGCGAACGAAUGUGCAUGAAUCCAACAAAGAGUUUGAUAGAGAGUUCCUACUUGAUGACUGUGAUAUCCCUGACGAGAUGGAUGAGGAUUCUCCUAUCUCAGCUCCUUUGGCUUCUAGAACAGAAAAUAUGAGUGAAAACAUCCUGUUAAGGAAUAAAGGGCAUCUUAAAAAGGCAGACAAGCUCGAAUUCGCUGCUAGAGAAAACUUCUAUACUUCUGUCAGAAUUAUUCCGGAGAUGAGCCUCAGCCAUACUAAGGAGACACAGGUAAAAGGAAGAUCUCAGAUCUUAUCAAGACCUUUUAAGACUCCUCAAAAGAGAACAAGAGUUGUUAGAAGAAACCCUAAUCGUGCUAAAAGUCAAAUAAAAUGGAGGAAAACUAGAUUAUCUUCCACAAGAAAGAAUAUCCGAGGUAGAAAGACUCCAAGAGCCAAAAGAAUUCUCUACCGUAAGAAUAAAAGAACUAUGUCAAUCGAUAAAAGAUUCACCAGCACUGCUUUUGCUCCUUUGUACAACAGUGGGCACAAAACUCCGCCUUCAAGAUACAUCCAGCAUAAAGUUACUGGUGAUUUUAUGUGCAAUCCAGAAGUACAGAAGGAGCCAGAAAGCGAUGAAUUUACUUCUAGAGGGAUCACCAUGAAGGACAUCCUUCCUAUCUCGAACUAAUUUAAAUUACUUAACUUAAUAUAUCC